GCUGCAUGCUGCUCGGGAAGGAAGGUACCAUCUCUUCGCGCCUCGACUGUCCGCUGCUGCGCUUCUUUCCCUCGCUCCCAGAUUGCUGGUGGAUUAACUCAGUGGAUAGGUGAAUGGUCGUACAGUAUCCGCCGCCCCCCGUGACGGUCUUGUGCCGGUGGGCUGUCACAGUGAUGAGAAAUUAACUGAAACUUGCGACUUGUUUCACUAAAGAUUCUGGGACUGUUCUGUUGGCUGUCUGCGUGCGUGCUCCGGCCUAGCUAGAACUUAGAGGCCGAAGUGUGAUUAAGUGUGUUAGCGGACUCAUUCAGUCGCCACUAACAAGUGUUGAUAUUCAGAGACUAACGUAACAAUACUACUUUCUUAUUUACUAAUCCUUUUCUUUUCUUCUCUUCGUGUUCCGUCUUAAGAGACUUUUAAUCAUCUCUCUUUUUGACUUCCUCUCAGUCUCUGCCUCUUUCUCUGUCUUUCUCUCAAGUCUUCCUACAUACAAACUUUUACCGUGCCAUGGAAAGCGAGCGACUCCGGCUGUGACAAUUGGCCGCGUGGAGACGGUCGAGGCAGGGAGGAGAGAGGGCUGGAAAAGGGGUGUUGGGGGAAGAAAGGUUCAAGUUAGUUCAGUGUUCGAUGGUUUCAUUAUAGACCAAAAUGCCGACCGCCCUCAAGCUCAUCACCCUCGGCCUCCUCCUCGCCCUUCCUUCAGGUAUCUCGCAUUUACCUGUACUUCCAGUAACGGUGUACACUUCCUUCAUCAAUGCUACUGCCAGGCGCCAUGACGUCCUGCGGGAUUACAUCAAGAGGCCCAGAGCUGCCAACCUUGCAGAUAUCACACCAGAGCAGCAGAACAACACGGAGGUGGUGGCGCAGGUUGGCGGCACUGCGACCAUCAAAUGCUACACACACUUCAUUGGCGACGAGAUGGUUACGUGGCUGAAGAGAGACGAAGACCAGCUCCUGACAGCGGGUUCAGUGAUCUACUCGUCGGAAAAGCGCUACUCAGUCUCCCAUGUCCGGCACCAACAGCUGUGGGAGCUCACCGUGAUGGAUGUGAAGCUGUCUGACGCGGGGACGUAUGAGUGUCAGAUGACGACCCACCCACCGACCUCCCUUUUCUUCAUCCUCAAGGUCCUCGAGGCGCGGGCAGUGCUGCAGGGCGCCCCGGAGGUUCACGUUCAGACUGGGGAAAGCCUUCGCCUGCACUGCGCCGUCCAGUACGCCACCUCGCCGCCUCACUUCAUCUUCUGGUACCACAACGGGAGUAUGAUCAACUUCGCCUCGCCCAGACCCCUUCAGGUGGUGAGCCAUCGCUACAGCAGCAUCCUCUACAUCUCAGACGUCAGGUGGGAGGACGCCGGAGCCUAUCGGUGCGAGGCCUACAAAGCACACCCCGCUAACCUCACCUUGCACGUUGUGGCCGGAGAGAAGCACGCCGCGCUGCACAACGGCCAGGGGGAAGGAAGCGAGGGUAACACUUCAGCUCAGACCCGCCAGCCCGUCUCCCCGCUGCUCCUCGCCUCCUCCUGCCUCCUGCUGCUGCUCUCCACUGCAUACUUCGAUAACAUCUACGGCUGGAUGUCGGAGCAGAGCGGGAGCCACCACCAGGCAGACGACCUUCACGCCAGGGAUGUCGAUGCAACCGAUGCUCUACGACAGCGUGGACAGAAGACGGAAGGGACAACAGCAGGACAGCAGGCUCACUCAAGGCACUGCCGCCCCCACAGCCACCAGCAGCUACAAGACAUUUAUGGAGAAAGACGGAUACACAGCACCAGCAACGCCCAGAUGGAAGGAUCGAGGACCAAGAGAAAGAGGUCACUUUAGAUGCAGCCACUGCCACCACCACUACCACCAACACCACAGCCACCACCACUCCUUCUCACUCAAGUCACUCACGCACUCACUCGGCCUGCGUCCCGCCCCCUCCUUCGGAACACCAGCGGACUGCAGCCAGCCUCCCGGGCGGCCUCGGGUAGCGUCAGGUAAGCUACGUCAGGGCAACUCCAUUUAAUUUUGCAAUACAAUUUUUGAAACUCGCUUCCCCAGUGCCGCCUGCCAGGGCGACUUAUCAAUUUUGUUGUUAAAUAUAUACAUAUAUGUUGAGAUGUUGCCUGGGGGUGUGACUGGGGCGAGGGCGGCGUGGCGGCAAGCCGCCUGAAGCCCGUCCCCGCCACCCACAGUGGGCGCCGGGCCGACCCUCGCCUCCGCCGCCUGGUCGGGGCGCCGCCUCGCCGCCAAGGGCGUCUCGCCACGCCGCGGCGAGGCAGCGUCCGCCGACCACUCUGUGUUUUACACUCGAGAUUUUAUUGUACAAAUUCAUUGUAAAGAGAGUUACGCCUUCAUUAGACUGAAAUAAUAUAUAUUUGUUUCUGCAAUUGAAUGUAUAGGUGUGUAUGCAUAAUUAUUCGCCCCUAGGUAUACAUCUACUCAUGUAUAUGCCUAAUUCUUUACAUAUACAUGGUACGUGUGCGUACUUAAGUGUGGAUAUGGGAAAUGUUCAUGUACAUAAUGGAACCAAGGGGCGGCGCCUGCUCGCCCCAGCACUCAGCCACGCCGCGGCUCUGGGGACAGAUGGAUUACCUGAAUGUUUGAUAAACGUUAAAGAAAGACCAUUCUCCCAUAACCUCAAACACGCUGUUGUCAGUUGUCUGUCGACGUGUUUCCUCGCUGACAUGACUGGGCGCGGACACAUCAAGCUGUGGAUAUUUUUUUAUACCUUAUACCUGGAGCAGGACGCCAGGUGUGGCGGGCGGCGGUGGAUGGGCGGUAGGGCGGCACGGCGGUGGGGCCAACACUUAAUGGCGACCUGGUGUUCCUCUCCUCUAAUAGUCAGUGAGGGCGCCGGCGGGACUCUCGCGGCAGUGAAGGAGGAACAAGUGACGCCAUUAUCAGGGGGUGACAAGACCUGCUGGCAGGGAGCCGCGGCGGGCACGCCAGAGGUAGGUACAAUGAAUGACCCGCCAAGGUCCGGGAGUGGUUCAUGAUCCCCGGCAAGAGUGUUUUUUGUCAGUGUUCGUGUCUCGUCUCGCCAGUGAGUGUGGCGGGUGAAGGAAAGGCAGCGAGUUGGUCUCGCUGCUCCCUGGCCCCGUGGACUGGAUUUCGACAGGCGGACAAACGUUUAAGAAACAAGCAAACACUUUUGAAAGGGACAAAUUACGUUGAAAUUGGUAAAUAGUGUUGAAAUGAGUCAUGCGGCAGACUUUUUUCACCUUUCGUGACACACGAGGCAAGCUGUCUGAGUCUGCGCUCACGACUCACCUCCAGGCUCAGCCCACGCCACGACCAGCCCACCCCGCCACCAUCCGCGCCCCCGCACCUCGCCUGCUCUCCCUCAGUCUGUUUGAUGUAAAUAGUUUCUGUUUGGAUGAAGACAAAAAAUAUAUAUAUAUACAUAUAUAGCUUUUUCUCGGUAGAAGUCUCACCCAAGUCUUGAAUGUUUGCAUCCGUGCCAAAAGUUUCCAUGUGCUGUUUGUGAAUAAAAGGCCUCGUGCAG